ACUUCAUUCAAUCUACUCUCACAUCUCAUCUUUCAGCUUCAAGCUUGAAAACAAAAUCUAUCUAGAUCUCAGUAAACACUCUACUAAUGGCAACACAAGAUGAAUCGUCAACUCUUGAUCUAAUCAGACAACAUCUAUUAGGUGAUUUUGCAUCACUUGAAAGCUUUCUCAAUGAUUUAAGUCCUAUUUGUACUCCAAAAAUCUCAAGAAAUGAUUCAAUUGAGAAAUCGGAAGUGAGCUUGGCUCCUCAAUCUGAAUUAUCUCAAACAGAAACUUCUUCUUCUGUCUCUGGUACUCAACAAUCAUCUUUAUACUCACAAAAUUCAGUUUCAAAACCAGAUUUUGAAUUCUUCUUGAAUUUCCAAGAAGAAGACAAAAAAACUACUACUAAUAUUUUUGAGUUCCAAACCUCAAAUGAUAUGUUCCGAUUCGAACAGAAACCACAGAUCAUUGAAUCAACUACUAGUUCUAUGAAAGAUCGAAGACCUUCGUUGAAGAGCAUCUCUGUAAAUAAACCUAAUGUAACGAUGAUGAUGAAUUUCGCUGAACAACAAGAAAACAAAAAAUCUGUACCAACUAAAACUGUUACCAAACAAAAGAGUCAGACAGAUUCAAGAAAAUACAGAGGAGUAAGACAACGACCAUGGGGGAAAUUUGCAGCAGAGAUUAGAGAUCCAAGCCGUAAAGGUUCUAGAGUUUGGUUAGGUACUUUUGAAACAGCAAUUGAAGCUGCUAAAGCAUAUGAUCGUGCAGCUUUUAGGAUGCGUGGAAGUAAAGCGAUAUUGAAUUUCCCUAAUGAAGCUGGUAAACAAACUGAUGAACCAGUAGUGAAUUCGAGUAUUCGAAAAAGAAGAAGAGAAAUUGAACCACCAACAGUUGCUAAUGAAGAAGUAAGAGUUAUUAAGAGGGAGAAUUCUCCAGAAAUUGAAAGCAAACCUUUAAAUUCUCCAUUAACGCCUUCGAAUUGGAUGGCUAAUUGGGAAGGGUUCGAAAUGGACGGAAUAUUUGACAUUCCUAUGUUAUCACCGUUAUCUCCACAUCCUCCUCUUGGUUAUCCUCAACUCAUGGUUCUAUAACGGUAGUUGAUGAAUGACGUAAUGCCUAGUAGCCUCCGUUAGUAUUAGGUGAAUGAAUGACGUAUUCUUUUCUUUCUUUUUUCUUUAUUGUUGUAAAUAUGCGGGAGCGGGACAGUGGUUGUACAGUUGUACUAUUGUGCUAUCUACCACCUAUACCGUCACAUAAUUGUUAAUUUUUUGAAAUGAAAUGGCAUUUUGGUACAUGCUUUAGUUCUUUAA